AUGACGGAUGCAUCGCUUGGCGAGGGGAGUGGCGCCCGCACCAAGGAUGGUGCACCGUCGCGCAUCGAGGCCAUCAUUGCGCGGGCCAGGGAGAAGGCAGCCGAGGAGGAGCGGCAGAGGCAGAGCCGGCGAUCGCAGUCGCUCGCCCUGGACGAUGGCGACGGCGUCGGCGACGACGACGACGACGACGACGAUGAGAACGACUUGAGCGACGUCGACUUCGCAUCGCUCGCUCAGACGGCGAAGCGAAAGCGAGGCGCGAGAAAGUCCGUGUCUGCAGAGAAGGAAGAGGAAGAAGAGGACGAGGACGAGGACGAGGACGAAGAGGAGCAGAUCGAGACAAUUGCGCAGCCGGCCGCCGUCGCUGCACGGGCCCGCACAAAGAGAGCAGCCGCGCAGCGCACCGAGGCCUACCGUUUCCGCCCCUCGCUGGAGAGACCGUCGAACGGCAAGCGGCUGCUGGCCGAGGCGAAGCUGUCGGCGGCGGUGCAGUCGGGCCUGGCCACGACGGCGGCCCAGACGAGCCAGAGCAGGAGGAGGAACAAGUACAACGACGAGGGCAUACAGAGCAUCCGGUCGAUUGUGGCCGAGGAGCAGCGGCGCAGAAAGGAGGGCGCCGAUGUCGACGGCAUGAGCGACCUGCUGGACAUGAUGCGCAGGAGCAAGGCGAUCUGGGAGGCAAACUUUCUCGCAGACAGCGGCACCAAGGCGCAGGGCUCCGACGCCGGCUCCAAUGAUGGCGAUGGCGACGGUGACCACGGUGAAGAAGACACAGACUAUACAUCGGACGCAAGUGAGGCAGCCUCGUGCGAUAGUGCGCGAGACAGCGAUGACGAGGGGGACACGCCGCAGCCACGGACACGCGCACGGUCGAGCGAGGAGCAGGUGCUCGAGCGCGCCCUCGCCGUCGCCGCCUCGCCGAGCGAUGACAGCGGCGGCCGACGAAGCAAGAGCCGAGGCCAUGACGACGCCAGCGGCGGCGGCAUGGAAGACGACGGCGACGCAGAAGCAGCUCACAAGGCCUUGGCCAUCGUGCGGCGCGACCGCCAGGUGUCGCAGGAUGGGUCCGCACACGCGGGCCACGACCGGUGGCGGCGCUUCUGGACGGGCAGCAUUGCGUGGCCCGACGUGGACGUGGACGAGAGCAGCAGCAGCAGCAGCAGCAGCAGAAGCAGCACGGGGCGCCUGCUGUUGAAGCUGUGCGCGGCGAGCAACGACGAGCGCCGGUUCAGGGCCCUUGUCGACUCGCGCGUGCUUGCGACGACGACGAGCGCACUGGGCCCACGCUCGGCCGAGACGCUGGGCAGGUGGCUCAUGCAAACGGCCCUCUUUACGCCCACGGGCACCACGGCCACCGUUGCCCUCCGCGGCCUCGCACAUCUCCUCGCUGCGCCCUGCGCCGUGGACCACCUCGCCGUAAGCGCGGCCCUCGUCGGCGAGGCGCUGCCUGCCGCCCUGACGCGGCUCGGCGCCCGGCCAGACGUCGUCGCAGACUGCUUCAGCCUCGACGCCGACUCGUCGCUGCUGCUCCCCCCCGCUGCCACUCGAGACGUGCAGCACGACCGGCAGGACAAGGGGUACGUCACGAGGGGCAGCAGCAGGAAGACAAGUAAUAGCAAAGGCAGCACUGGCAAGGAAAGCAACAACAACAGCGAAGAUGAUAACAACAACAAGGGCGCAUACAUGCGCUCGGGUGAGCGGCUGCGCAUCGCAGAGAGGCUCGUCGCCAUCGCCGAGACCGUCGGUGGCCACCUCGUCGCACACCACAUGGCCCACGCGCAGGCGCAGGCGCUUGCCAUCGACCUUGGCCUCGCCGUCGCCUUUGCGGGCGCGCACCCGGGCCACGAGCCGCUGUGGCCGCGCGUCGAGGCGCUCCUCGAAACCCUCUGGCCUGCCGCGCUCGAUGCCCGCGCGUCAUCCGAUGCCGACGAGCUGCUGGCCGACCGGGUGCGGACGCUGCUGACGGACGCGCCCGCGCCCUGCCAGGCCGUCCUGCUCGCCCGGCUCCUGCCCCGCGCCGCGUCGCUGCGUGCGGCCACGGUGCGCCGCUGGGUGGCCUGGCGCAUCCUCACCGACAAUGCCGGCGAGCCCACGUCGACGGACGGCUAUGGCCCUGUCCUCUCGCUCGCGCACCUGCACCUGCUCGUGCGCAUCCUCGGCACGCGCGACCGUGCCAUCAAUGCCCUCUCCGUUGCAGGGCCUCGGCAAAACGGCGCUGGGUCCGAUGCCAAUGCAGACGCCGACUACGAGGGCGUGGCCGCCAGCGUCGAGCUGCUCGGCAUCGCGCUCGGCGACGUUGCCCUGCAGAUCAGCCGCGUCGUCGCCCGCGGGGACCUGCAUGAAGAGCAGGGCGGUGCUGCCUACCGCGCCGCCGUCGAGCGCUUCUGGACAGGCAGGCACGGUGGCCAGAUCAUCGCCGAGAUGGAGUUGUCAUCGUCACUGUCACCGUCACCGUCGUCGAGCAGCAGCAGCAGCAGCAGCAGCACACACACACUCCGGCGCGUCGCGGCCAAGGUGACAGCCGUGCGCGACGUGGCCGAGGCGCUGCGCCAGCUCCAGGCACGCAUCCACGACGGCCGCGGCGCCUUUCUCGUCCGCGCCAGGGCCAAAGACGCCAUCCUACGCCUCGCACACGAGCUUGAGUAUGCGGUGCGCACCUACACGGGCGGCAGCUACGCGGGCAAGCUCCAGGUGCGCACCCUCGAUCAGAUGGGCUUUGGCGGGCCCGAGCAGUCGCGCGCGAGCAAGCGGCCCCGGCCUGAGACCACCUAAAGCGCGCGACAUGAACAGCGACCGAUGACUAAUACAUCAAGCACACCAAGCCAGAUUCAAGCACAAACACAAGUGUACUAGUAGCAUCACCUCAUUGACAGGAGUCUUUUUCCAUGCG